AUGGAAAGGAAUCUGGAAGCUAUUCGCUUCCUGGUUGCAGUUUUCCUAGUUAUCCUAAAUGGGGAAGUGGUUUGCAAGUGUAGGAGCCGAGUGCGGCUGGAGCAGGACCCCCCUACUCUAGGCGAAGUUGGCAGCAGGCGCUGGCCCAGAGCUCGGGACCCCAGAACCGGCCGCUCCCGGGAGCCCCACUCGCCCCCACCCGCGCCACUUUGUCGGGGCAGUAACGGCCGGGCCAGGGAGUGGUACCGGUUGGAGCUGGAGGGAGGGCGGCGCCCAGGACCCCGCUGGGGGAGAGUGUGGGCGCCGGCAGAAGGAGGGGCGGUGGGAGGCGCCGGCCAGCGAGCCCCGAGUCGCGGCGCCGCAGCGGAGAGGAGAGAGAGGGGAGCUCCGCACCCGGCCCUGGCAGAGCGCGCCCCGGUGGGCCGACACUCGGCGCCCCAACCCCGUGAGUGUCGUCCGGGCUCCGCCAGGAAGAAGGGGCGCGUGUCGGCGGGGCCCCGCGUCCCUGCGCGCGAGAGGACCCGGGCCCCGGGCAUGCAUCUGUCUCUUGGGGAGCUAGAGGAGGAGGUCCAGGGUGCCCCAGAGGCUCGGUUCCCUGCAGAGUUGCAGGUAGAUCCUAGCAACGUGGCCUGGGAGUCCAGGGGGGUCCUUUGGGGCUGCCCCCCCGUCCUUCUGUGGUGCUCUGAUGACAGCCCACUGGCCAGUCCCUUCCCGCUUCCACGACAGCUGCUCCUGGAGGGAUGGGAUCCCCUCCCCACAGAGGGCCGGUUCAUGAACAGCUGUAUCCAGGCCAGGAGGAAGUGCCUGGCUGAUCCCACUUGCAGUGCUGCCUACCACCGCCUGGAUUCCUGCAGGUCUAAUAUAAGCACCCCCACGUUCCCAGAAGAGCGCUCUGUGUCCGAGGACUGCCUGGAGGUGGCACAGCUUCUCAAGAAUAGCUCUCUGAUGAGCUGCAUGUGCCACCGACAAAUGAAGAACCAGACUGUCUGCCUAGAUAUCUACUGGACUGUCCACCCUGCUCGCAGACUUGGUGACUAUGAGCUGGAUGUCUCCCCCUACGAAGAUACAGUGACCCAAAAACCCUGGAAAAUGAAUCUCAACAAACUCAGCAAGCUCAAACCAGACUCAGACCCUUGCCUCAAGUUCGCCAUGCUGUGCACUCUGCACCCCAGAUGCGACCAACUCCGCCGGGCUUACGGGCAAGUGUGCUCGAGGCCCCACUGCCAGCGUCCUGCCUGCCAGCAGCGGCUCCGCAUCUUCUUUGAGAAGGCACCCCAGCAACUCGCCGAGGGGCUCCUGCUUUGCCCCUGCCAGUCCACCGACCUGAACUGUGGCAAGCGCAGACGCCACACCAUCGCCCCCAGCUGUGCACUGCCCUCUGGAGUGGUCCCCAACUGCCUGGACUUGCGGGCCCUCUGCCUAUCCGAAGCUCUGUGCAGGUCACGCCUGGCAGAUUUCCAGACACAUUGUCACCCCAUGGACAUCCUAGGGACCUGUGCGACACGGCCAUCCCGAUGUCUCCAAGCAUACAUGGGGCUGAUUGGGACUGUGUUGACCCCUAACUAUGUCAGUAGUGUCAACACUAGCGUGGCCUUGAGCUGUACUUGCCGUGGAAGUGGCAACCAGCAAGAAGAAUGUGAACAGCUGGAAGCUGCCUUCUCCCACAAUCCCUGCCUCCUGAAGGCCAUUUCCAGUAAGAUGCGCUCACACAGCCAGCUCUUCUCCCUGGAAUGGGACGACUCUUGGGGGGCUGUAACGGAACGCCAGACUGGCAACUCUGUACUGAGGCUGCAGCCCUGGGUUUCCUUUUUCUCCUCCUGCAUCCUUCCCUGGAUUCUGCUUCAGAGCCUCUGGUAGCUGGACUUUCUUUUCCAAGUGUCCUCUCUCCUCUACCAUGCCCAGCCUGACCUGUAGUGUGCAAGGGGUGAGGCAAGGGCCAUGUGGGCAUGCAGGGCUAA